AUGAGCCUUGUUAUGAUCAGUGAGAAUGUAAAGCUGGCCCGUGAAUAUGCCUUACUGGGAAAUUAUGACUCUGCGAUGGUCUACUACCAGGGAGUUCUUGACCAGAUGAAUAAGUACCUCUACUCUGUCAGAGAUACGUAUCUGCAACAGAAGUGGCAACAGGUUUGGCAGGAGAUAAGCGUGGAAGCUAAGCAUGUGAAAGAUAUAAUGAAAACACUAGAGAGUUUUAAACUAGACAGUACUCCAUUGAAAGCUUCGCAACAAGAAUUACCAGCUCACGAUGCAGAAGUCUGGUCUUUGCCAGUACCUGCUGAAGGUAGACCUUCGCCAGGACCCAGAAGACGUCAGUCUGCUCAGUGCAGUGAUUGCAGAGGCCACAAUAAUCGUGGAAGUGCAGCUGUCAGAGGCCCUCACCGUCCAUCCUCUCGAAAUCCCAGUGAUAAAGGGAAGGCGGUCCGCAGCCGGGAAAAGAAGGAUCAGCAAAACAAAGGAAAAGAGGAAAAGGUAAGCUUGCCCAUAACUUCAUGAAGUUGAGAAACU